GCCUGCUUUUUCAAUAAACAUGUCUGAUGUUCCGUGUAGUACGUUGCCACCUGAUGUUUAUUACUUGAAUCGACUACAACAGCGACUACAACAGCAGCCUCGAGUUGAUUUGUCUCGUUUUAAGUUUGAGGAUUCAAAUCUUGGUGAUAUUGAAGAAGAAGCAGAGGAGUUUGAGGAUGUUCUUCAUCAUAGUUUUCAUCAAGAAAUUAUGGAAGAAGACGAGGAGGAGGUAGAGGAAAUCGCGAAUGACGAGUGGAUUCUUGAUUAUAGUCUUGAUGAAGAAAUUAUAGAAGAAGAGGAGGAUUUUGAAGUUGAUAUAUCUGAAAAUAUGGAAACAACAAUGGAGUCUGGGAAUUAUCAAGUCUCUGAGUUUGUACAAACAGGAAUGGAAUAUGAUAUACAUCUGCUUAAUGAAGGCUAUCAGCAGCAACAAGGACUGAACCAAACAAGUGGAAGACGGAGUAGGACGGCUCGAAUGAGGGUGAAUACUAACUACAUUCAUUACAGAAUUCAAGUGCCACAACCGAUUCUUGAUGACACCUAUAGCAAUGAAAUUGAAGACGAAGAAGAAGAAGACGCUAUUAAUGAGUUUGUGGAUCAAGAUAUGUCUGAGUAUUUCGAAACAAGUACAUAUUAUGUUCCUUCUGUUAUGGACAUAGACGUCAACGAAAUUGCUGAUGAUGAGGAUGAAGAAGCAUGUGCUAUCUGCUUACUUGAAUAUAAAGAUGAAGAUACCAUUGCCACACUUCAAUGUGGCCAUGAAUUUCAUACUGAAUGCAUCAACAAGUGGUUGCAGAGGAAAAAAGCAUGCCCCUUCUGCAGAGCUUCUGUUUUGCCCACAAAUACAUGACUGCCCACAAACACAGAAAGAUUAGUAUUAUUAUUUCUGUAAUGAUUCACGUUGCAAUCACAGUUCACUUUUUUUUGUCUUUUCCCUGUUCGUUAUUGUAGUUUUUGUCCAUGUAAUCUAAUCUGUUUAUAGUGACAUCUAUAUGCAAUUCACUGUUUUAGUC